GAUUUUAAUAACCAGAUUUGAAACGUGUAGUCGUGUACAGCUGACAUACACGCCCACUGAAUAAUGACAAUACAAUAAAAACAAAUGCUGUGCAUGAAUUAAAUACCUAUUGAUUAGGCCUAUAUAAUUAUAUUUGUAGCCUAAUCCAUUCAAAAUAAUGAGCAUUUUGAACAAUGCGAUAGUGUUUUGUUAGAUCAGUUACAUUGUAUGCUGUACUUUGAUGUCAAGUAUCAGUUUACGCUAUUCAACACAACUACUCGGGUCUACAUCUACUGUACAUGUAGUUCGAAGCAUUUAUGAGCCAAAGUCUACAUGUAUUGUACAUCAUAAUAGUUCAAUGCAAUAGGGACAUCUGCACAUGAACCUGACAUCAUGGCUGCCAAAAUCCUUCAAAAAGCGACAUCCGCAAUCCUACAGAGAGCAUCGUUUGCAAGUUUAAGCGGAAGUACUUGUGCUGCAAACUAUCAGAAACAAGCAAGUUGGUUGCUUUCAAGAUGGCAAUCAUCGGUCUCCAAUCCAAACACAAAGAGUGCUCCCAUGGACCAGGCAACACGAGAAAAGGCUAACUACGAAGCAAGGGUGGAGCUUGCACUGGCAUACAGAGCCGUUCAUCACUACGAUUUAGGAGAGGGUAUCUGCAAUCAUCUCACAAUGAGGGCCCCAGGAAGGACCACCGAUGAUGACGUCAUGCUGGUCGUGCCUUAUGGGUUACCAUGGCAAAAAGUGACGGCGUCUUCUCUGAUCGGCCUAGAUUUCAAGACAGGUGAAAAGGUUGAAGGGGAGGGCGUGGUCCUGGAGAGUGCCGUCUGCAUCCACAUCCCAAUUCAUGAGGCCAGAUAUGACAAACACGGGACCAUCGCAGUCAUGCAUACACACCAACCUUACGUAACGGCUUUGGCUUGCCUUGACGAACCAGCUCCAUUUGACGAAACUAUGUGUCAGAACAGUAUGCGAUUCUCGGGUCGGAUUGCCUAUGAUUUCGACUACGAAGUGCUAGCUUACGAGAUGGAGGAAGGGGACAGAUUAGCUGGGGCAUUGGGAGAUCGUGAUAUCUUGAUAAUGGGCCAGCAUGGUCUUUUGACGGCUGGGAAGAGAGUCUGCGAUGCGUUCGAUGCUCUGUACUACAUGGAAAGGGCUGCCCAAGUUCAGGUGCUGGUUCGGUCGACAGGUGCCAAGAGUCGAUCAUCACCGCCUCAUGUCGUCAAGGAGAUAGCAUCUCACGACUGUUACCCAUACAACGCCAUCACACAUUUCGAAAGCAUGUAUAAACUACUGGAAGAUGAGAAACCAAACUUUAGAGAAUGAGGUGGCCGCCUAAAGCACUCUCCUUCCUCGGUCCUGCCUGAUCAAUCAAGGAGCGGUAACAUUCUAUAUUAUGCACAUAAUAUGGUGUUAAUCGGUUUUCAUCAUUAUAGUGGACUAUACCCGUCAUUUUACACCAGUCGUUUUACACCAGUGUUAAAUCUACAGUGUUAGUUUGUUCAACACCUACAGGCGUUAUCACAACACAUUUGGGUGUUCACUUUAACACCUUUCGGAGUUGUAUUCUCUACAACUCUAGGGUGUAAUUUAACACCUAUAAGGGUGUGGUCCUCUAUAGGGACACCAACUGGGUCCCGUUGCAUAAAAGUUACCAUCAUGGUAACUUUCAUGGAUUCCUUGAUUUUGAUUGGCUAUUGAUCAUCGUUACCAUGGUAGUUUCCAUUGGCUUGCAAAGAUAACAAUAGUAAUUUUUAUGCAACGGGGCCCAGGUGUCGGUCUUGAUGCCUUGGUUUUUACAUCGCGAAUUGUAUUAUGAUCUAUAACAUCUGACUCAAAACGUGCGAUCGUGAGGAUGAUUAUAAAGUGAUAAAGGGAUUUGUCUGUGCCAGGUAUCAUUCAAAUCUCUGCCUUCAUUAUUGAUUCGUCUAAAUAUCGAAUUCAAAAUAAUGAUAAUUACUCGAUUUUAAAUCCUCCCAAAGUUCCGCAGCGACCUUUCUAAUCUACUUUCAAAAAUUUACGUGUGAAUAAUUAUUACAUUCGUGAAUUUUCUACAUGAAUACCUACAUAAAUUCCUUAAAUACCCAAACCUGAUCAGAACAGUCUUGUUAUAAUCCAGGGAUAAUAGUGUGCAUCGAUUAAAAAUAUUGGAUUUACACGUACAUGUUGCAUGGCUUAUUAGUAUUUCACCAUGUUCUAGCAUUUCAUUUACAUAAUAUUCCAAUGAGUGACUAUAAUCACUGUUAAUGGAACGAAAUAUGACAAUAGAUCGAUUGGUAUAGCGAGAACUUGAAGAACAAACGAUUAAAAACUGGAGUUUCAUGAAAGGACCUGUCAGACGUUUUACGAGAUGUGCUUCUUCUUUUCGUGUCUCAUUUCUCGUGUUUUCUACAUUAUAAUUUAUGGAAUCAAUCUAUUGAUUUUUUAAAUAUGUAUCUUAAAGUUAUUGGCAAUUUACUUCAAUUUUCAUGUACCAUUUUUUGUUAUGUUUUAUAUUGUAUCAUGUAACUGUUCAUUUGACAAAUGAGAAAUAAAAACGCUUGAACUAAACUGAACUGAAUAAAAAAAAAAGUUGUCAGACCUGACAACUUGUCUGGCAGACGAAAAAUCUUGAUGAAAAGCUGUCGGUUUCUUUUCUUUUAUUAUCAAGUUUUAUCCGACAGUUAUCAUAGUAGCCAUAGAAACACUAUGACAUCUGUGCUUCUCAGCCAAUCAAAAUCAAGGAAUUACGGAAAGUUGUCAGAACAGCAAACGGUAAAGUGUCAUGAGUGUUGUUGAAACAUUCUCAUGGAGAACGCGUGCUAAUUAGGCUAUUGCCUGUAAUAAUUAUGAAUAUAUCUCUAUGGUAAUGACAUAAUAGUCCAUACAAUCUAGGCCUAUAAAAUGACCCAAAUUCAAGAUUAAAAAUGAGCUCAUUGUUUAAGUUUGAUUUUUUACAUUGUGCAAUGCAUACUUUGUCACCGUUCAUUGUGGAUAUGGAAAUAUAAUGAAAAAUGUUGAAUAUGAUUAUGGAGUGAUAUCAGUUUAUAACGUUCAUUCCAUCUGCAAAAAAAAUAAACAACCUUUAAUGUGCAUUGUGUAAAUGUUAUAGAUUGUGUGUGUGAAUUGAAUUGAAUUGGUUUACAAAUAACAUAUUGCUACAAUAAAUGUGAUCUUGCCAUUAGUGUACAUAAUAAAAGAUCAAAAGGGCAUGUAUCUCCUCAAUCCAAUAAAGUCAAUAUUAUUUAGCAAAGACAUCAUUAUAAGGUGCAGAAGGGCUCAUUAAAAAACAGUUGUACCCUCAAACUCUCAAAGAGAAACUUCCAGUGUGGCGCCGGUUUAAACAGGUUUGUGGCCGUAUUCUGAAAUCGGGUUUAGCUAAGGCCAUCAUGCGGUAUAACUCUGUGAUAAAAUUAUGGAAAGUCGAAAAUGUCAAAAAUGUGUUAAAAUUGCUUGUUAUUUAUGCUCACUGCAUGUGCUUUUUCAUCAUGCCAUCAUGGCCAUGGUGGCGUGGAAUACUUUAAUCCCAAGUAGUUGAUUAUUUUGAGUGUCAAAUUGGUUGAUAAAUAUCACAAAUCUCUAAUAGUCAUUAUUGACUAUUAGAGAUUUGUGACACAAUAUUCCUUAGACCAUAAUUUUGGACCAGACUCUAAAUGCAUGAAACCCGCGAUCAGAAUACGGGCCUUAGUGUAUUAUGAUUCAAAUUAUUUUCAUGAAUUUUGUUAGGGGCUGACAUGUUUUUAAAUCGCAUUUCCUUAUAAUGACAGCCCUUUUGCAAAUAUAAAGUGUUGAAUGAACUAUAAUUAUUUUCUAUUAUUAUUAUUUUGCAUCUACUCAAUAUUAUAUGCCUUCCUUAUAUCAUUAAUUUUAUCAUUGAAAUGUAUAUUUUUUAUAUUGAAUAUAUAGUAUACUGUGAAAAUUUUGUAUCAUUUAUGAAUGACAGAAAAAUAAAACAACCAUUUGUGUGUUGGUGUUUGUAUCAUUCCAAAGAAUCUCGUGUUGUUUGUGCUUCUUGACACAGAUGGCGCUGUCCAUCGAUCCAAUUUUUGACAAUCCUAUUUGUUUUAUUGCGAUUAAAUUGCUAUGAUUGAUCAGCUCCAUG